AUGCAAUUCAUUGGGAUAAUACCAUUAUUUGUUUAUCUCACCACGGUAUUGGCUAAUCUAGCUAAUUUUGAUGAUGAUAGAUUAUCACAAGUUUGUUCCGGAAUGUAUUCAAAACAUGAUUGGGGCGGUUCAAUUAAACCCCAUAUUGGAUUAUCAUUAACUAAAUUCAAAGAUAAUAAAUACAAUCCAAAAAAUAAAGAUCAAAAAGUAGAUGAUGAUAUUUCUGUUAGUUAUAUAAUUUUUGAAUACAAGGACUUGGUUAAUAUUGGUGCAGAUUUAGGUAAUGGUAGAUAUAAAUUCAUUUGUGAUGAUCAUGCCAUUAAUGAUUUACAAGUCUGUGAUGAAAGUCAUAAGGGGAAAUUCAUCGUUAAUAAAAAUGUGACAAAUACUACUAUUUUAACUUCCCAGUUAACUCAUUUGGGUCCAGCUGAUAUUAAUUAUCCAAUUAAUGUGACGGGUUAUUAUUGUGUGUCAACAUUUUCGCUGUUUAAAGAUACUAAAUAUAAAGGGGAAGUCAAUUUCCAAAACGCAUUUGGUCAAUUAAGUGCCAGUGAAAUACCGAAGUUACCAGCUUAUGGUAUAUUGACUUUAUGUUAUGCUAUUACUUUAGCAUUAUUUGGAUUUCAAUUCUUUAAAAAGAGAAAGCAGAAUCAAAUUUUGCCAUUACAGAGAUACUUGUUGGCAAUGUUGGGAUUUUUAACCUUUGAUACUUUGGUAGUAUGGUCUUAUUAUGAUUUAGUCAAUAGAAUCAAAUCUCCAAGUGAUGCAUUUGCUAGAUUCUAUAUGGUUUUCCUUUCAAUUUUGAAUGCUGCCAAAAUCACAUUCUCAUUCUUUUUAUUAUUAUGUAUUGCCCUUGGUUAUGGUGUUGUUAAAUUAAAAUUAGAUAAGAAAGUUAUGUUUGGUUGUAAGAUUUUGGCUGCAUGUAAUUUUGUUGCAUCUUUUAUUUAUUUGUUUUUCAACUAUUUUGAUGGUAGUUCCAAUUCAUUGGUUUCAACUGAUGGCAUUGAAACAGCUGCAAGUGGCAGUUUCUUGGGAUUAUUGCCAAUUAUUCCAAUUGCUAUUAUAUUAUCAGCAUACUAUGUAUUGAUUUUGGCAUCAAUUAGAAAAACCACCGAGAAUUUGCAUAAACAACGUCAAAUCAUUAAAUUGAACUUGUAUCAAAACUUGUUUAGAAUUAUUUUUGCUGCUGUCAUACUAACAUUUUUUGGACUUUCAUUAUCUUCAUUUGUUUAUUUGAGUAUGUCAUCAACAGAAAUGUUUGAGCAACAUUGGAAAGGAUCUUUUUUCAUUUAUGAUUUCUGGCCAAGUGUGGUAUUUUUCUUUGUGUUUAUGGCAAUUGCUUGGUUAUGGAGACCUACAGAAACAAGUUAUAUGUUGGCUAUUUCUCAACAAUUAUCAGGUGGAGAUGAUGUAGUUGAUAAUGAUCCAGAAAAUCCAGGUGGAUAUCAAGGUGGUCAUGAAUUUGAAUUGGAUGAUUUAUCAUUAAUGAGUCAUAGUGACGAUGAAGAUAAUAAUAGACAAAGAAAUGUCGAAAGAGAUAGUUUUGAAUUACCACAUGAUCAACAACUUCCUUCAAAUAAAAAAGAUUCUACUCAACCUCCAAAUUAUGAUGACUUAAGUAUUCAUGAACCUCGUGAAGCUCAAAGUAGUAAUACAUUAUUUGAAUUAGGUGAAGAUGAAGAUGAUGAAAUUGAUCAUGGAAAAGAUACUAGAUUGAAAGAUGAUAAGCAUAAAGAAUAG